GAACAAAGAGAAUCAUUUAGUUCAGAACUCUCGUAGCAAUCACUAUGGAGAAGAAUUUGAUAUUAUUUUUGACGUUCCUAUUAAACAUUGCAUAUUGUGUUUCUGAAAUAUAUAUACCGAAAUUACCACCGUUCAUCAAAAUAUGUCACCGGAGUGAUCCGAAUUGGAGCAGAUGUAUUAAAACCAGUAUAGAACAGAUAAAACCAUAUUUAAAAGAAGGAAUUCCAGAUUUUCAUAUUCCCCCUUGCGAACCGUUAUACAUUGAUCGAUUAGAUUUCAAUCAAACAACUGAUUCAAGUUCUAUAACCUCUUCUUUCACGGACAUAAAAAUUUACAAUGGAAUUAAUUUCGUUCUAAAGAAUAUCAAGUUCGACGUGAAUAAAAAUGAAUUAAAAUUGAAAAUAUAUAAUCCAAAUUUGGAAACGGUUUCAAAAUACAAUUUGAACGGAAAUAUUAUGAAGUUACCGCUCUUAGGAAAUGGAUUAUCUUCUGUCAAUUUAACCAACACCGAUUUUUUCUUAAAGGUUCAAUUAGAACGUUAUCAUGAACCUAAAACGAACCAGGAACACUUUCGUGUGAACGAUAUUUACGUCGAUUAUAAUAUACAUAAUGUUAAACUACAUUUAAAUGAUUUAUUCGACGACGACAAAAUUCUCACGGACGUAAUGAAUCUAUUUUUAAAUGAUAAUUGGAAAUUAAUCGCCGACAAAUUCAAACCCAUUUUGGAGAGAACCGUUGCUGAUAAACUUAGAACUAUAAUGAAUAAUAUUUUUUCCAAGUAUCCCAUUGACACAUUGCUACCAUUAUAAAUUAAUAAAUUAUUAUUAUUAUUAUUACUUUUUUUUUUUUUUAUUAAGUAAAAGUGACAAAUUAUAUAUGUAUGUAUGAAAAUAAAAUAGAGAAUUAAGAAUGAUCAGACGUACUCGUAGAACGGGUGAUCAUUCCGCAGGCUGACGCCAUAUGAAUAUGUUUUAUAAUCUUAAAUAAAUAAAUAUCAA